AUGGUCUUCUCCAGCUGGUCAAGAUCUUUUACUUUCCUGAAGCGACCAGCUGAGCUGUUUUCAAACGUGCUACAGUGCUUUCCUACGUCACCGACUUCACACCGCGAGUCAGAUUGCUUUGGGGCUGACUUGGUUGAUUAUACGGAAGAUCCCUUCGGUACACCUGGUUUCUCUGCGCAAGCUAAGCGAGAGCAUACCAUUAUGGACGACCUGAAAGUUGUCCGAGUUUGGUUAACUGAUCCCGAGUUAUCUCCAGAGGCUGACGUCUGGCACCACAACUUAGACAAUGUUGUCAAAGUCAUAGUGCCUCUCCCAUGCCAAUAUGGACAUAAAAAGCUAGCAGACUUUGCUGUGGACAAGGAAGGUGUCGAAAGGGUUCUCAAUCGCUACGAAGCCGUGAGAUCUCUGCCGCUAGGCAGCAGAGACCGAAUGGUCCUCGCUCAGAAGCCAAGAGACUUGACUCUCAAAAGAGUUGAGGCCUGCAAGCAGCUACGUGACGCCUACCGUGAUCGUCUAGCGAAACAGGACUUCGAUGACCAAGACCGCACCCGGCUUGGACGACAACUCGAUGCCCAAGGCCGCACCUGGCUUGAACGACGACUCCAAUCAAUAGUCGAGGUACUAGAUAACCUUCAAAACAGCGUCCAGACUGUGCGAAUAUGGUACCCCGUUUGCCAAGGACCCCUGACGCAAGAUGCCAAAGACAAGGGCAUAGGAGAUAUGAUCCUAGCAGAGGUUCAGCUGGAAGAUCCUAGCGACGGGUAUGCUCCAAUGUAUCCAAGUCAUCGCCCAGCUGGUGCUGUGUUAGUCGACUUGGCCGUUCUGCCGGAACACACUGCGACUGUUCGCUCCAAAUAUUUGCCAGUGAACUUUGCUCCCUUCAGCGACGAUGAUCCUUCGGUCUGCUCACAGCCAGGUGACGAUAUUGACCUGAAGAGAGCUCUAGCUUUCAGAAGAGUCCUUUUCAGAUAUGAUCGAGCACAGAGAAUCCGACAGUCCCGGGUCCAACUUCUUAGGAUUGAGGAUGAGCUUAUCAGCAACUGGUUCAGUAAGUGCAUGAGGGAGCUUGAAGACCGUGUUAAAGCAAUCCAUGGUUGUGAGACCAUACGUGUAUGGUGUCGCAGUCACCAAGAAGAUCCCAUGGCCAGUGUUCGAUCCAAAGGCCUUCACGAUGUGGUCAGAGCAGCAGUCCCUCUCCAAGAUCCCGACUACCGACGGGUUGCCGAUGACAAGACAGUCCAUCCAGACGGCGCUAUCCUUGUAGACCUAGCCAUUCAUAGGGAGGGUGUCCGCACGGUUCUCCGCAAGUACGGAGUUAUCGACUUUGUUCCCAUGAGCAAUGAGGAUCCUGUGGUUCUCUCGCAACCCGGUGAAACAAUGGAAGACAAGCAGAUUGCUGCUUACGAGAAUAUGUUGGAGAGGUAUUCUCGUUAUCUUCGUGAGACUCUCCUUGGCCCUAUGGCCAAAGUCUGGGUUGCUGAAAGGCUGGCUGGAAUUGAGAAUCAACUGUCGGUCCUUCAUCCGAAUCGCCUAGAGACCAUACGAAUUCGCUGUCCGAAAUACCAAAGCCACCCUUGGGAGAUUAUCCAAAAGCUACAUCUCGGAGAUGUUGUCAGAGAAGCCGUCCCUCUCGAAGUCCAGACGAUCUUUCAAGAAUCGGUUCAAGUCGACCUUGCCGUUGAGCCCAGCGGUAUCUCAAGGGUUCGCCGCCUCUGUGAGCUAGUCGAAUUCCAGAGGUUGAGUGAAGACGACCCAAUAAUCCAAAUGCAAACGGAUGGCGACCCUCGCAUGAGAAAAUUUAACGGAUACAAUCAGGUUCUUCGGCGAUAUACAGAGGCUCGUGCAGUGCGGCAGCUUGACGGGGCUUUGACGCUUUGGUAUGAGAAAGAAAUUAUGGAUCUUGAGAGUCACAUCGGAAGACUUGGGUAUGUCUAG